AUGCCCGACCUUUCGCGCCUUCUUUCGGUUCCAUAUCUGCUAUCUGUCUAUAUAACUGGCAUUUGCGCCAUCUUUCAACUCCGGUCAUCACCCUUCACCCUUUUUGUGGCGCUUCCAAUAUCAACCAUGUCCUCAACGGAAGAACAGGCUGUGGAUGACGCGGAGAAGAGCAUCUCUGAACAUACGAACAAGGACGGUACCCUUCACCAGGCGGAGCUGGGUCCAAAGCCACAGAGGGAACAUUUCUUCUCUCCUCUGGACUCGAGGUAUGCUGAGGCAGUGCACCGAGACGCAGAGAUGGUGGAAUACACCCCAGAGGAAGAGAGCAAGGUUAGGCGGAAGAUUGACAACACUGUGCUUCCUCUGGUGGUCUGCAGUUAUGUCUUCAAUCAAUUUGAUCGGAACAAUAUCGGGAAUGCACAUGUCAUCAAGGCAUUCAACGAGAAUUAUGAUAUCACGACAAAUAACAGAUGGACUCUGGCUUUAAGUGUCUUUUAUGUGGGCUACUGUUUAUUGGAGAUGCCUGCGAAUGUCCUUCAAAGGCAUAUCGGCGCGAAUCGAUUUUUCUUCAUCUCCUUGACCUUCUGGGGCCUAGCAUCACUUUCCUUCGUAUAUGCGAAAGGGUAUGCAGGGCUGCUCGUACUUAGAGUUCUCAUGGGAAUCGGAGAGGCGGGGUAUUACGCUGGAAUGAUUUACUACCUUUCAUUUUGGUAUAGAAGAAACGAGCUUGCCAUGCGGAUAAGUCUUUGUAUGACAGGAACGCUACCUGGAGCUAUCGGGGGUCUUCUUGCCUUUGGUUUGGUUCGAGCACAUACCUCACUCCUUGAAGGAUGGCAAUUUCUCUUCCUUAUCGAGGCCAUCCCGACGCUCAUAAUGGCCCUCAUGAUACUCCUCUUUCUGCCCUCAUUCCCGUUUUCUGCAACAUUUCUCAGCCCUAGGGAACGUGCCAUCGCUCAAGCCCGCCUGAACCGCGACCAUAAGCCUCAGUCACACGGAGGGAUGAACGGAUGGGAUGGAUUCAAGGCAGUCAUUUCUGAUAUAAACUCCUGGUUGUUUCUAAUCGUUUACGCGGGAUUCAAUGUCGGCUCGGCCACGGUCUCAUACUUUUUGCCAACGCUGAUCAAAAACCUCGGUUUCUCGUCCAUCAAUGCGCAAGGAUUGACUGUCGCUCCUUAUGUUGUUGGAUGGUUCAUGGUGUUCGCCCAGUCCUGGCACAGUGAUCGCACUAAGGAUCGAGGGUGGCACAUCAUGGCAUCUAGUGCCAUUGCCUUGGUCGGGUAUAUCAUUCUGGCCACGUCUGUCCAGAAGAGCGUCGGCGCUGCGUAUUUCGCGCUUUUCUUGGUCGUCGGCGGGGUUUACAGUCUCUUCCCUCUCGUAAUGAGCUGGGCAGCCAAUGCAUUUUCUCCUACGUCCAAACGUGGUGUCGGCACCGCGUUCAUCGUUUCCAUUUCCAACUGCAUUUCGAUUGCUGCACCGCAGAUAUACUUUGACCCCGAAGACGAGUUUCGGAAAGGACAUGCUAUUUCCGCGGCGGCUCUCUUUCUGACCUUCCUGAUGGCGUUCAUCCUACGCACACGACUCACCCUCCUGAACAAAAGGAAUCGGAACUCGCUUGCUGCGUUAUCGAAGGAGGAAAAGGCGAAGCUUGGAGAGAAAGAGGAGAUCUGGGAUAACGACCCUCGAUAUGUGUUUAUGACCUAA